AUGUAUAAUCGCGAGUCGCGGAUUAUGCGCAAGCUGCUGGGCAAGCCGGCGAGCGAUGCUUCCGUUGGUGAUGCGACUGCCACCAGCACCAAUACCGCCACUCCUACGAGCUACCGGCCGAUCAAGUCGCAAAAUGCCGUGCAUCCAGUAGCUGCGCCGAUAUCGUGCCUCGAUGUUUCCGCCGACGGGCGGGCCGCCGUUCUGGGCGGACCGCACAUACUCAAAACCUUGGUGCUCGACAGCAUGGGUUGCCCCAGCUUCAGUUUUAGCGACGGGGUUGAUAUUAGGGCGUCAAUUACAUCGCAAAAGACAGCUGGUAGCAGAGCAAAUGUGGUGGCUGACCAGCUCAACAUCCGCGACGUCAAGUGGCACGAGAAUGGCACAGUCUUCACAGCAUGCGCCACCGGGCGCAUAUUCGGCUACGACCUGUCUCGAAUUGAUACCGGGGGCUCUGAACCACUCGAAUAUAUACAAAUGCAGGAGGAUAGUCGUCAAAUAAACACGUUGGACGUUAACCCACACUUGAAAAGCUGGCUGUUGGCCGGCAGUCAAGACGGUAUCGCGCGCGUCUUUGAUGUUUCUACCGCGGCUGCCACUCGAUCGGGUAUACUGACAUUUCGACAACGAUUUUCGCCCUUGAAAAACAACGAGUCAAUUAGGAAGGUAAUGUGGUCGCCCCGAGUCGGACAUGAGAUGGCCUGCUGCACAGAGGGAGGCGUCGUUCUGAAAUGGGAUGUGCGCCAACCGUCGCGACCAGUGCUGAGGAUCAACGCUCACGAGAAAGCAUGCACCACCAUGGCAUGGCACCCCGAUGGAAUCCAUCUGAUCAGUGCCGGAUGGGACUCGAAGCUUCAUGUGUGGGACUUGGGCGCUUCAGGCGACAAACGACAAAAACCGAAAUGGACCAUCACUACCCCAGCACCAGUAUCAUGUGUUUCUUGGCGACCCGGCCUGUGGUCUGCUACUGCACAAACUCGGCGUGUAGCACAAGUUGCUGUGAGCUAUGAUGAAAGUAGCAACAGACGAUAUGGUGCCUCGGUCGUCCAUAUUUGGGAUCUGGCCCGUCCGACCAUGCCCUACAAAGAAAUUGAGCGCUUUGAUUCGUCGCCAUCUGCUAUGCUUUGGAGAGACCAGGAUAUGCUCUGGACUGUUGGUCAAGAUGGAUUGUUCAACCAGUGCGAUGUGGCGUAUGCGCCAAAGUCUAUUGACAGGUUGUCCACGUCGGCAGCGGCAUUUUCACCCCAAGGCGACGUUGUCAUGUUCUUGGAUGAGCGUGCACAGCAAAGCCGCCUGCGCCCCAUCAUGCACCACAGCGAAACGCCGUCUCGCCCGACGUACAGCUCCAGCCCCAACGCUUACAUGUUCAGCGGAAGCAAAAGCGAUUCCGAAGAAGAUGUGUUGGGAACUUUUAUUGGCCCCAGACGCAGAAUGGCUCAUAGACGCCGACUCAGCGGCCGCUCUGGACAGAUUGUGAGCACUACGCCUCCGUCCAGCUCCAGCUUUUCAGAGGAUGGCAAAAAUAUCCUGGGCCUGGAUCUCUCCAUUGGCGUUACUGGCAUGUUCAAGUCACCGCAAGUAAUGGCUUCAGGCAAAUUGCCAGCAUCAACCAAGGUUCCGGUCUAUCAGUAUCUUACGGCAAGCUAUCUUGAGAUAUUGGAGCGCGUCUUACCAAACCCAGACGACAAGGCGAGUCUUGCUCAACGAGUAGGAGUGGUUCUAGAAGAAUUCUCGAGAACCUCCGAAAAUGUACGCUUGUACAGAUUGUCUCAGUCGUGGCGCGUAAUUGCCUUUGCCAUGGAUCUCUUGCUCAAGAAGAGAGCAAACUAUCACUUAGAGGUAAGGUCAUCACGGUUUCAAAAGAUACAGAUUGACGGUGGAAAAUCUGCAAGAGCCUUUAAACCACCUGAAAUCUAUGGAACUAGUUACAACGGGGAAGAGACACCACGCAGACCAUCUGCACAUGCAGGCAGUAUAGAUGGCAGGCUGCAUGCUGUGCGUUCACUCCUGUCCGAGGAGAUUGAGAGCACAUCAAAUGUGCCAACACCAAUCGCGCGGCCAGCUGAUGCAAUGUCCCACCAUGAAUGGGAAAGCAGCCACUACCAGCAUGGAAAGAAGUUGACACCCAUUAUCGAACCAGAGAGCUUCAAGCUUGGCCCUUCCAUACACACUUACAAGGAUGUGGCAUAUUCACAAAGUAGCUCACAGGCAAUAUCCGAUAGCAGCCGAGAAAGUGAGCUUUCGGAAGUAUCCAUAACUGGGGGCUAUGACUUCUACGAUACAGAAGCCCUCGCAAGAGCUAUUGAUGUUCCGGAGCCGAAAACAAAGGACGCAGCCGAUCGGCGCCAGCCGCGAAUCAAGCCCGCUCGACAUGAUUCUGAAGAUAGUAUGGGCGAAAUGGCCUCCGUCUCGUCCGGAGCAAAGAAAGCCAGUUUUCAGAGUUCAUCCGUGGAAACUGCAAGUACCAACAAUGACGCCGGCUACUCAUCAAAGAUCAGCAGUGGUAGCGCUGAUACGCAAUUCGAACCAAGGAUUCAUGGUGAUAUCCAGAGGCGCAAGUCAAAGGCGACCAGCUCACCAGAGGAUGUUUUCAUGAUUUCACAAACAACUGCCUCGACAGACGACACAUAUCCAUCUCAGCUCUCUUUUGCUUCGCAGUCUGAUUCGGAACAAAAUGCAUCCUUGCAGAGGUCUACAGCUCCUGCCGAGACUGAGAUCAGUCGCGUUGACAGUGCGAGCAACCCGGUUCAGUCAUACUACAACGACCCCAGGCCUCAUAUCAUCGAAGCCGACUAUUUACCGUGGCCCAGUGACCCCGAUUUUCUAAACAUGAAAGGAGCAACCACCAUACCACCUGCUCUUGACCCUUACCUCUUGCUCAAGAGAGCUUUCGAUUUUGAAUGUCGCUCCUCAGCAGUUAAUGCCGCUGCCAUGGUGCUGCUUCUCCGGCCACUCCUCCCCGACGACAUCAUCGACACGCAUCUGGCACGAGGUAUCCUGCGGCAGCAUCACCAGCGACUGAUGCGCAUGAGCCUAUUCGUAGAAGCUUCUUCCCUGCGCAAGCUGUGCAUCCAAGGGUGGCCCGAAGGCAUGCCCGAAUGGGGUGAGAAUUACACCGCCAUCUUUGGUCCUGCACAGCAGGGCGUCAAAACCGGGCUGCUCUGCUCCGUAUGUCGAAGGCCACGCGAAGUCGACCCCAGCGGCAGCCGUGAUGCCGUCUGGACAUGCGAGCGCUGCCGCGCCGUCAUGGCGGCCUGCGCCGUCUGCAACCACCGCGACGCCGAACUCUCGGCGCACGUCCCCGGCUCCGAAGACCUCGACGCGGGGGACGCGAGCUCCGGCCAGUGGGUGUCCAACUGGUGGUGGUUCUGCCCCGGCUGCGCGCACGGCGGGCACGCCUCGUGCCUGCAGAUCUGGCACGGCGCCAUGGAGACUGACGACCCCCACGCGCCGCCGACCAAGUUUAGCGGCGGCUGCUGCCCCCUCGACGGCUGUGGCCACGCGUGCCUGCCGGGAAAGUACCGCGGGGAGGUGGUGACGGCCCGCGCCGAUGAGCUCGGCCGCGCGACGCUGGAUAGCACCCGCGCCCGAGAGGAGCUGCGCAGCGGCGUCGGCGGCGGUGCCGCGGGGAGUCGGCGAUCCAGCCCUGCUGGGCGUGACCGCAGCGUGCGCAGCGACAGCUACGACAUACCGCAGAGCAAGGCCGUCGGUAUGGCGCGUGAGGCGCUCAACAAGGGCGGCUCGCCGAGUUCAGGCGGUAUCCUGAGCUCGAGCCCAGGCCGGGUCCCAGGGACCGGCGAGCGCGAGCGGCGCAAAAGCGUCAAGUUUGUCAAGACGGACAGAUGA